AUGGACGAGGGAAAAGUAGAUGCAGCGAUUUGGGAGAAAGAUAAUGGGAACAUUCCAUCUCAAAGACGACACAUCGCUGAACCUCAUGUUCUGGAACGCUUCCAAGCCAAGGCUUUACGCAAUCCAAUAGGUGAAACAGCAGGUAUUUCCAUUGCCAACGUCAACAUUUCCACGAGUCAGGGACCGAUUGGAGGUCACGCGUGGUUCGACCAAGCCACUGAGACACUAGAAGCAAGCUGUCAACAUGAAGAAUCUUGUAAUGAAACACCUCGGAAACUUUCUCUUCCCGAAAUGUUAUUUCCAAAGGCUUACAUUACGAUCCAAAUGUCCGACACCUUUCAAAUAUCCUGGAAUGCCAUGGGUGCCCUGACCGAAUGGAGUCAAGCUCAUCAAAAGAUACCCCUGAAUAAUUCAGAAGUCUCGCAUCGUGGUGUCCAAAUUCUUCAAUCCACAGAUGCCGACUUGUGGAAGAAAACGAGGAACAACAAACCAAUGCAAGCAGUCGACGGGCAACUGAUUCAGACCACCCAAUUUCAUUACGAUUGGACCUUUAGCAGUCCCUUUUGUGGAAAUACGGUAGGCCAAUUGUCGUGGAAAAAGCUUGAGCAAUCGGAAAUGCCAAAAGAACUACUCUUGGACCGUAGUGUUCCCAUACUAUACUUUGAUCAAAUUGUCAUGAUGGAGGAUGAUCUUCACGAUUAUGGACUGAUGCAAUACACUGCCAAGAUGCGGGUCAUGCCAUCGUGUGUCUACGUCUUGACGAAACUAUACGUUCGUAUUGACAAUGACUUGCUACGAGUACGAGAUUGCCGUCUGUUGGUACAUUUUGGAAGCAAGAUGAUCCAUCGGGAUAUUGAAUGGAGGGAAUCGGCAUGGGAUCAGCUGCAGAAAUUGAAAUUGCCAUCUGAUGUGAGAUCUUGGAAGACGGAGGGUACCACUGAUCCAAUGCGAUUACAAAUGAUUGAACAAUUGCAGUCCAAGAUACCGCUCGUCUCAGACCUGCCGGACGAUAUCAUGGCACACUCCAAAUGCUCCUAUCAGGAUGCUGAGACGUUAGCGCUAGCUAGCUAG